CCGAUGUGGGGCUCGAUCCCACAACGCCGGGAUCACGCCCUGAGCCGAAGGCAAACGCCCAACCGCUGUGCCACCCAGGCGCCCCUAUCUAUUAGAUUUUAACUGUCAACAGCGUGUCCUCAUAUUUUGAGUUUACAUAAUCAAAUUUGUUUCAGAGGAAAAUGCUCUAAAAUAGAAUGUUGAUUUGAGUGAUUUAUAUCUUUAAUAGAGUUAAACUAAAAUGCAACCCAAUUUUUACACUUGGCCCAUGCUGUUUUCCUAGUUAGCUAGGUAUUAGUGUGCCAGAAUACAUGAUACUGUCUAUUAUUUAAACAUUGUUAAAAUAUUGGCUAAAGUUUGAUACAACUGGGGUGACCCAGGCCCCCACUACAGAUAUUUUCCCCAUAGAUAGGAGUAAAAUAACUUCAGUUUCAUGCUAGGGUGCCAAGAUCUCAAGCUAUCCACAAGGGAUACAGGAGUUGCUUGCUAAAAAUGAGUUGCGAUCUUCCUUACUUGAUAAGUUUUACCUGCUCUUUCAGAUGCAUCCAACUUAUUUUCUUUAGCACUUUAUUUAUUAACGUCAGCCCCUUAUUUUUAUGAUUUCGACUAUCCUAAUUUUCAAGAUCUCAGUGAAUCUCUGCUUCAACAUGUGAGUAUCUUUAUUUUAGUAAUAAAUAUAGAUGUCUUUAUAAAUUGUUUUGGACAAUGGAACAAGUCAAUACAACAUCCUCACAGAGAUACAGCGAUAUUCUCCUUAGACAGUAUUUACAAAUAAGUCAUCCACAACCCCUUAAGCUAUCUAUUGAGUUUACAUAGUAAACUAGUUCUAGCUGGUCUAUCACUUAAGUUUAUACUCCUGAAAUAUGUGGAUGAAUCUGUUUGUCUCGUGUGCUGGCAGUGAGUUAAGAGUUUAAUUGUGUAUAUUCUUUGUUUAGGAAUAAAGUGAUAGCUACACAUCGUUUUCUAGUCAAUUUUCCUGGACAGCAGAGAUUUACAACAUAGUAGACAUUAUAUUGUAAACUCCAUGAGAUCAGAGAAGGUAUUUGCAUUCCCAGCACUUAGUACAGUGCCUGACAUAUAACAUGAAAUUGAUAAGCAUUUGUUGAAUAAACAAAUACAAUUGGCUUUGUUUUUGCAUCCUUUCCCAACGUGUCUGGCACCUUUUCCAAAUUCAUAAUCUCAUAGGAAAACAAAAGUUAUCAUUUUAUUUAUAAACCAUCCCAUACGUAAUCUGUGGUUUGUUUUUCUGUGUGCGUAAAUAAAAGUCAGCGUGGUGUGUUUUGUAGCAAUUUCAGCAAACUAGGUUUAAGUACAACACAUGGUGGCGCUGUAAGCUAAGGCUGCGAAAAACAGACCUGCGGAUGGUUACUGUUCUAGCAGUCAUAAGGCCAUCCAAGAGAGGAUAAUUCUUUACGGAAUUACCUUGCGGCAGGGAUAGACUCCCGGAGCAGACUGCCUAAAGACCAAACAGGCAUUCAGAUUCUAAAGACUUUUGGCGUUGGAGAAAUGGAGGCUGAAAAGGAGCGCUUUCCUAGACUAAGGCAAGUUCUUCUCUUUGUUUUGCUGGCUCACACUUGGGCGGAGCAGGAAGAUUAUCGUAUUGCUGAAGAAACAGAGAGUGGUUCAUUUGUGGCCAAUCUAGCAAAGGACUUAGGGCUAGCGGUAAGAGAGCUCUCUUGGCGGAGGGCUCGGAUCAUUUUUACAGAUGACAAAAAAUAUUUUCAGCUGAACCUUCAGACUGGAGAUUUACAAGUAAAUGAGAAACUGGAUCGGGAGGUUUGUGGCCCCACUGAGCCUUGUGUACUGCAAUUCCAAGUGUUACUGGAAGAACCUUUAGAGGUAUAUAGGUAUAAGCUUUUGGUUACUGACAUAAAUGACAAUUCCCCUGUGUUCCCAGAAGCAGAAAUGAUUUUGAAAAUCAUGGAAAAUACUCUUCCAGGGGCUGUGUUUCCCCUGAAAAAUGCACAAGAUUUGGAUGUAGGGAUCAAUAAUAUUCAAAACUACAUCAUUUAUCCCAACUCCCAUUUGCACGUUUUUACACGCAAUAGCGGUGGGGGCAGAAAAUACCCGGAACUGGUUCUGGACAAAGCGCUAGAUCGAGAGGAGCAGCCUGAGCUUAGGUUAACUCUCCUGGCAGUAGAUGGUGGAGUUCCUCCCAAAACUGGGACUGCCUUGGUCCUCAUUGAUAUCUUGGACAUCAAUGAUAAUGCCCCUGAGUUUGUGCAGCCACUCUAUUGUGUGCAGAUCCUAGAAAACAGUCCUCUGGGAUCUCUUAUUGUCACUGUUUCAGCUGGAGAUUUAGACACAGGAACAAACGGCGAAGUAUUCUAUUCAUUCUUUUAUGGCGAUGAAGAGAUUAGUAGGACAUUUGCACUUAAUGAACUCACAGGAGAAAUUAACUUAAUUAGGAAACUAGAUUUUGAAAAAAUUAUGUCAUAUGAGCUGGAUAUUAAGGCCUCUGAUGGGGCAGGUCUUUCUGGAAAAUGCACUGUCAUAAUAGAGGUGGUGGAUAUAAAUGACAACACCCCAGAACUGACUGUGGCUUCGCUUAUAAGCUCCAUCCCAGAAAAUUCCGAGACCACGAUAGCUCUUUUCAGUAUUCAAGACCGAGACUCUGGGGACAAUGGAAGGAUGGUUUGUUCCAUCCAGGAAGAUGUUCCCUUCACUCUGAAACCUUCCGUUGAGAAUUUCUACAAGCUAGUGACAGAAGGAGAGUUAGACAGAGAGAGCCAGGCCGAGUACAAUAUCACCAUCACCGUCACCGACCUGGGGACCCCCAGGCUGAAAACCCAGCACAACUUAAGCGUGACGGUGUCCGACGUCAACGACAACGCCCCCGCCUUCAGCCAAAGCUCCUACACCCUGUGGGUUCGCGAGAACAACAGCCCCGCCCUGCACAUCGGCAGCGUGAGCGCCACAGACAGAGAC